AUGGGCAACGCCCAGUCGGCUGACACGUCCGGGAGAACAUCCCAGAGGCUGUCAAAGCCGAACACGGGCAAUCAUGCGACAGCCGGCCUGUUAAGCCCGGGCUUCUCCUCAAAUAGCUCGCGGCGCCUCUCCAACGCCCCAUUGCCUAAUCCUCCACCCUUGUUGACAGUUGCUUCGGGCCCCACGACCUCGUCUGCCGUUGGAGUGUCUGGUGGCCGCGGCCGACGAGUCGACAGCGUCACCUCGCUCCACUCGGUCCCGGGCUCGCAAAGAGAGUCGAAAAGAAGGAGCUUGUUUCGCUCGAGGUCAUCCAGACGUGGUGAACCUGAUCACCAGAGCCAGGGCAGCGGCCAAGCUUCGCGCAUGAUGGACACGAUGGCCGAGGACAGUGGUGUGAUGUAUGAGUCCGCAGUUGCGUGUCAUGGGCUAUCAGGUUCUGAAAGUCGACUCUUUGAGUCCAGAUCUCGUCGCACCUCGUGGAACUACAACCUCACCUCGUACGAGGCAAAGCGCUUGCUGAAUCUAAACGAGUCACCGCAGCUCGAGCACGCAGCGACCAUGUCCGAGAAUAGAACCACUGCCAUCACAGAGACCACGUGGAGGACAAACCCGGCGCAGCCGCCCAGUGCUCCCAUCACCCGUGCGAGCUCUGAUGUCUCGCUGUACAUGCCUGUUCGGCGACGGUCCAUCAUACAAACCCCCGGCGUCGCUACCCGGUCGAGUUCGACUCGCGAGCUUCCGCCAUUGCCUCAGCCGAGUUUCCGUCUGAGCCAUCCGCCGACACCGAGUUUGUCCCGGCAACAGUCAGUCGAAUCGUACAGGAGCGGUGUCAUGUCAAUGCCAGCCCGUGUGCUGGACCUAGAAUCCGCGGAACGAGUGAUGACGCCCUGCGAAGACAAAUACCUUUCGACUGGUGCUUUCAAGCUCGGAUCGCUGCGCAUCACCAACGGCUCACCCUGUCUACUGACUCCUGAGUUCGAGAGGACUCGUGGGAACGAGUGCGUAAACCCAGACCUUGCUACUGCGCGACACGACUACUUCUCAAACGCACAGGUCCCCGAGACCUGUAUCACGACUGUUCCUAUUACUCGAAGCCCUGUACAGGCGCCCGAACCACUUCGAGGCGUCUGCCCACGCCUCCCACCAUCAUCAAGUGAAAUUCAGCCCACAAGUCCAAUGCUACAAACGACCUCCAAGGCUACCGCAGUGGAAGAUCAGCUGUUUGAUGAUGAGGCACACCCGGAGUACUCUCUGAUGGAGGUCUUGGACAUUCGCUUAGACCCGAACGCGAAGCCACUUGCGAAAAUCGGACGUGACAGGGGAGCCAGCGUCACCAGGACGGAUAGCGGUUUUGCAUCCACAGCGAGCCCAUCCACUGAGGCUUCUCACAAGCCACUGGCCAAAGCUGAUUCCGGAUAUAGCUCGAAUGUGUCCCUACGCUCAUUCCACGCCAAGUCCCAUGUUGUCGACAAUCAGCUCGCGGCCUCCUCGGAGGGUCAGCUAACCCACUCACCGAGCUCCAGGGAUGCGCCAGUUGCCUCUGAAGGGGAGAGAGUCUCGAGUCAGAUUGCAGUAUGGACUCCGUCAGCGUCUGAGAAGGACUCCCCACCACCACCGGUGCCACCAAAAGAUUCUGCUCGACAGUCUUUGGACUCCCAAUCGAACCUGAACGGGAAUGCGCGGAAUAUUAUGCCCCCUUUGCUAGACGAUGGCAAAACAAACACGGCCAGGCGAACAAUGCACCAGUUCAAGCCCCUUGUCACCCUUCCGUCUGGACACAGACGGACAGCGCAGCCCGAGUCGGAGGUGCACAGCCCAGUGAGCGUUCGAUCAUCGAGAUCUGAUCAUUCAGGAUCCGCAUCAAGCACCAGCUGGGUUCCACAAAAGCCUGGCAGGCUGCAGCGGCUCUUAAGCGGAGUUCGCCGCCCAGCCCCUGAGCCUCUCAUGGUCCCAACGGCGCAUGCUGUUGAACGGGAUAGUGUUCCCCCUGUCUCCCCAGAGGCCGAGCACAAACUUGCUGUGCAUGCUGCUGGCCGGUUUCCCUCAACGGCAAGGAGAUUGGCAUUGAAAUCGCGGUCUAGUUUGGAUACGCUGAAGACGAUAUUCAGCGUGGGAAGUAUUGAGGCCAGCCUCGAGGCGGUGAACUCCAUGCAGACGGCGCCCACCGUUCCAGACGCUGAGGGCAAAGAACGUAGUUUGAAACAGACUCUACACUCUGUUCCAGCAUCCAUAGCGAACGCUGCUGCACAUGUCAUCCCGAAGAAGACGAUAAUCCGGAAACCGAUGCCACUCCGCCAGGAAUUCAGCAACAGCCAUGAACAUGGUAGAAGGACAAUGAUUCUCACACUUGUCGGGGAGAGAGGAUUAACACCGCGGCGGUGUGCGUCAGAACAUCACUUGACUCACUCAACGGCCGAUCUUCCCUCUCCGGUCCUCCCCAGUCCGGUCGCCAAGGCACUUUCUGCUGACAGCGACAAGAGGAGCUCUGAAACUGCCAGCACACUCCGAAGGCCACUGUCACUUCGUGUUCCACCGCCGCUGCGGCCACAGUCCUCGACUACUCUCAGUCGCAGAGCCAGCCGCCAGAGUAUCCAGAGCUACCCAGCUAUGCAAUCACUUGGAAGCGGAACCAGCAUGGACAGUAUUUGCAGCUACUCCUCAGGGCAACCGGGCGCAGGAGGCGCCACCGUGGGCUCAAGGUCGAACAGCGGAAGUUUCAUGGACCCGCGGCGACUUCAGUCAUUCCGGCAAUAUCAGAGCCCUCACUCUUCACCGUACAAUUUCCCCGACUGGGAAGUGCAAACCGACAACGGCAUGAUCCGCCAGCAUUCGCACGCAUUUCCAGUCCGCGACGGUCGGCGCAACUCGAUCUCCUCGGUCCAGAGCGAAGGGGUUUACCAUUCAGCCAGUACCCAGACAUGGCCACAGCGGUCCCUGCGGCACCGGGCGAGUUAUGACGGCUACAGCUACCACCAGCGAUUUCCCCAGUACGAGUAUCCCCCGUCCAUGUCCAGCGGUUACACCGCUCCAGUCAAGCCUGCACAUGAUCCGCGCAGCAGGGAGCAGCUCAGCGCCGCGGCUGCCUGGAACUGGAGCCAGACCGAUGCGGCCGCAGGGCAGUGGUACCAGGGCGGCCAACACCCGGCGUACGUCCACCGCGGCCACUACCGGCACCGCAGCAUGAGCGGGCAGGGUUCGAACCCGCCGUACCGCGUGCUGCACAGCUACAACUCGCCUGCGUACCGGAACGCGCCCAUCUGGGGUUGA